AUUGAAAUGGAAGCUGAAAUAGGUGGAUCUUUGAACGUAGAUCAUAAAUUACCCAACGAAUAUAAGUAUUAUGACCUCAGGUCUAAGAGGCUACUUGAUGUUGAUAAGGGAUGCGCUAACAGUAGUUUUCACUACACUGUUGAUGACCUUGCUGCUCAGUUAACAUACGGCUUGAUGAUGGGGUCUAGUCUGACGAAUUACGUCACUAACAUACUACUCUUGGACAGUAUUCAUAUUAUGAGAAACACAGUCAAGCUCCAGGAGUUCAAGUCUCUAGUAGACAAGAUUGUUCUCCAGAUGAGCCUUAUUUAUCAGCUUUGUAUUAAGACCAAGAAUGUGCAGAGGAAAAAUAAGUUUAUGUGUAGAAAAAGUCAGAGCGAGAUUCAAGAGUUAUCUUCAUUUCCAAAGAAAAACUCUAACAGCGGAAAGGAGACAGAAAGCCCCUCUCAAACAACCAAGGUAUAUGCAGAAAUAAUUGAGAAGAUUAAUUCUUACUUCUCGUUAACUGCUAAGAAUGGCACUUCAGAAGAGCAAAGCUCUAAGCAAGAAUUUUUAAGCAGUCACGAUGAUCUUCUGAAUACAUUGAACGAAGAGCAGAAAAAUGAUGUUGAAGAGCUGAUAGUGAACAAUCAGAAUUUCCCAGUGUCUCCUCUAACCUUAGUGAUUUUGACUGGAAAUAAAGCACUCUCUUUCGUACUUGGCCUAUGUAAAGAGAUCCUGGCAAAACCGUGAUACCACUAUCUUGCAGAGCUGUUUUUCUAUGGAAACGCAAUGAAAGCAUUUGAAGAUGGAGUUUUCAACGUGUUCAGAAUGGAAAAUGAUGACGUUUUCUACUUAAAACCCACAGACGAAGAUAGAGUUAGUUUUUACCAAAAUGUUUAUAAAAUCACACCUGAAGAUCCAGAAGAUCUUCGUAGAAGAGUGGAAAUUCUCUACCAAGGAAUCUCACUCUGAAUUGCUUGAGCAUACAAGAAUAAGGAUAAGAGUGGGUUCUUAGCCAAAAUCAUUGAUUUCUGCACAUAUUCACCUGCAUAUUUGCUUUCAAAAAGACAUAGGACUACGAAAUUCAGAGAAUUUGUAGCUGCACAUGAUUACGACUUGACUUGUAACUUAUUGAAGUCUAUUAACAGCUUUGUCCCUGAGAAGGCAUGCACCAUGAUGUGCCCAGGAAUAGAAUAUCACAAGGUGAUAUACAUCCCUAGGAUCAGAAAGACCCUGACCAUCAGCGGAUUGAAGAAGACACUCCAGAGCUAUAUGAGUGACGAAAGGAAAGAGUCAAUGGAUCUUUAUGAUGAAGUUCACCCGAUUUACUCCUCAAGGAAGUAUAUGAGAACUGUUAAGAAGAAAAGAUCCACCCUCUUCUUUAAUAAGGAAAAUGAUCUUACCAAAGAGAAUGGGGAUUUCAAAGCGCCUGGAUGAGAGUACCAAGAAGAAAAUGAACGUUUAUUGAAGCUGAGAAUUAUUUCUCCAACAGAUUUAGAAAUUGUUGAUGAAAUGGAUAAGUUAAGGUUCAAGCCAAUGAGAAAGGUACAUAAAGUUAAAGCUAUAAUUAUCCAUAUUCAUGGAGGUGGUUUCGUGACCAUGUCUUCUGGACAGCAUCAGACUUAUACAAGACAGUGGGUGAGAGAUGUAGGAAUCCCUGUGUUUAUGAUCAGUUAUCGUCUUUCACCAGAGUGAAAAUACCCAGACGCGCUUGAUGACUGCUGGCAGACAUAUAGUUGGACUAUUGAAUACUGUAAAGAUGCACUUGGUAUUGAACCAGAAAAGGUAUUCCUCUCUGGAGACUCAGCCGGUGGAAACUUAGCAGUUGCUCUGACAGCCUUAACAAUUUGUAAGAGAGAAAGAGUGCCUGAUUCUUUAUUUGUGUUUUACCCAGCACUAUUAACAUGGCUGAGAGGAUUCAUUCCUUCAAGAAUUCUAUCUUUUGAUGACCAUAUUUUGAAUUACACCAUGCUCACAUUUUGCUUGAAUGCAUAUUGCAAAGGGAUAAAAUCAGAGGAGCAUGAAUUUAUGUCUCCUAUGAUCCUUCCAGAUAAGGUUUUGAAGAAGUUCCCAUCUUUCAAAUGCGUCGUAGCUGGUCUAGAUCCUCUCAGAGACGAUGGCUAUAAAUUUGCAUACAGGAUACAUAAAUUGGGAGGGAAGGUAUCCUUAGCUGAGUAUACUAAGCUCCCACACGGGUUCUUAAACUACGAUAUGUUCCCCUUCCUUGCUAAAGAGAGCAAUCAGGCAAUCAAACAGAGUGCUAUGUGGUUUAAAUUAGAGAUGACUAAGAAGACUCUUCGUAAGUCGUUUGGUCACAGAAAUUUGGAAAAUUAUGUGAUCUACCAGUCCAAGAAGCUUCAUAAUGAGGGAGACAUAGCUGCAGAGGUCCAGAGCGAAGUUCCGUUAUGGAAGAGAGUCAUUAACAAAGCGACUCUUCCAUUUCUUAAAUUAUUAUUUUAGC